UCCCCCACAGCUUGCACUCGUGGGCAAUCAAUUCCCCAAAUUCACGAGAAAAUGGCUUCCAUUCUCCUCAAGCUUACAACCACUCUCCUACUCCUAUCUUUGCACUCUCAUUCAGCCUUUAGCUCAAACGAUAUUGAAGACGAUGAAGAUGAGCAGUACGUUGUCGACUCCCCACUGGCCAAUCUCAGAUCAAGAAGCCGGUUUUUGGCCACUGUGAUAAAGAAAGGUACGCAUUGUGAUCCCAUCGCUCACAACGUAUGCAAUGGGAUAUCGGCAAACAAGGGGGCGAGCCUUCUCCGUUGCUGCAAGAAGCAUUGCCGCAACGUUCUUGGGGAUAAGAACAACUGCGGGCGAUGUGGGAAUAAGUGCAAGCAUGGACAACGUUGUUGCAGUGGAACCUGCGUCAACACUGCUUACAACGUUAAACAUUGUGGCAAGUGCAAUAAGAAGUGUAAGCGUGGUCAUAAGUGCGAGUAUGGAUAUUGUGGGUAUGCUUGAAUUUAUUCGAAGUUAAUUACCGUAAGUCCAACUGAUCGGAUCGAGUUUCGAAAUUGUGAUUUUGAAUAAAUUAUUGCUAGGAGUUCUGGAUCAGUAAAUUAAUGAUCUGGGCUUUUUCAAGAACUUGAAAAUAUUGGUGUUUAAUUUUAUGUUUAAUUAAUUAAUGAUAAAAACAUUCGUUAACUUGGAAA